CUGGGGGGGUCGCGUCCGAAAGCCCUCUACACCGGGUCCGUGUGCCACCUCUCCCUGCUUGGGCGCCGAGGCGCGAGCGCUUCCCUUCCCCCUGCGAGCGCGCGGAUAAUGUCUGAGAAUGUCCAUUUCUGGGACGCUUAGCAGCUAUUAUGUCGACUCGAUCAUAAGUCACGAGAGCGAGGACGCGCCUCCAGCCAAGUUUCCUUCGGGCCAGUACGCGAACCCGCGGCAGCCGAGCCACGCCGAGCACCUGGACUUCCCCUCUUGCAGCUUCCAGCCCAAAGCGCCGGUGUUUGGCGCCUCCUGGGCGCCGCUGAGCCCGCACGCGUCGGGGAGCCUGCCGUCCGUCUACCACCCCUACCUGCAGCCCCAGGGUGCUCCGGCGGCGGAGAGCAGGUACCUCCGCACCUGGCUGGAGCCCGCGCCGCGCGCCGAGGCCACCCCGGGGCAGGGCCAGGCGGCGGUGAAGGCGGAGCCGCUGCUGGGCGCGCCGGGGGAGCUGCUCAAACAGGGCACGCCCGAGUACAGUUUGGAAACUUCGGCGGGCAGGGAGGCUGUCCUGUCUAAUCAAAGAGCCGGCUACGGGGACAAUAAAAUUUGCGAAGGAAGCGAGGACAAAGAGAGGCCGGAUCAAACCAACCCUUCUGCCAACUGGCUGCACGCCCGCUCUUCCCGGAAAAAGCGCUGUCCCUACACCAAAUACCAGACGCUGGAGCUAGAGAAGGAGUUUCUGUUCAAUAUGUACCUCACCAGGGACCGCAGGCACGAAGUGGCCAGACUCCUCAAUCUGAGUGAGAGACAAGUCAAAAUCUGGUUUCAGAACCGGCGGAUGAAAAUGAAGAAGAUGAAUAAGGAGCAGGGCAAAGAGUAAAAGACCAGCCCCACCCUUCCCUACCUCACUCAGAUUAUUUAUGUGGUGGCUGCCAGGCCACUGCUGCCUGGGAUGUAUCCAAGUGAGUGGGGAAGGGCAUCUCCUCUUUAAAGUCCCUCAUUUACCCCUGGAGCCUGCCUCCCCUCCCUUGCCUAUCCCUGUUUCUCUCUCUUCCCCUUGGGUGUCAGGAGGAAGUUUUGUUAAGUUAGAAGCUAGCUGUAGUUGGUUCCUAGGAAAGUGAUGAGCCUCAAAGAAAGAGAACCCCAGUCAAGCUCCUAGCAUCCCUGCUAAGUUUUUUCUGGAAAACCCCAGACCCCCCCCCUCCCGCCUUUUCCAACUACCUGCCUGUUCCCUCCCUGCACCUAUCCAGAAGUCACCCAGGAAGAGUUUAACUGUACACACCCCAACAGAUGCCCCAGGACAUAGAGUUGGGGGUCCACAUGAUCAUGGAGAAAGAAAAUUACAUUGUUCUCCGAGCCCAGCCGGGCAGUCCCAGAGCCAGCAGGUUCUCCCCCUGAUGCAGACACACACAGGAUGAGGUCUGGAGGUAAACUCUUGAAUGAGGCACUGCAGUCCAGAGUCUCCAGGUCCUUGUACUUAUCCCUAUGGAAUCGCCAGCUCCGCCCCAGGUCUUGGGGGGCUGUGGGCAGAUGGGGCCAGCCCAGUCCCCAAGCUGCUGGGAGCUAGAAAGGGCGAGAAAAAGGGCAGGCAGUGGUUUUCUGAAGGCCCCUUUAGUGGAGCCCCUAGCAAUUCUCUUGGCAGGAAAUGUUUAGUUGUGCACGUUCUCCUUCCUUCCCCCUGAAGGAGGUCACACUGUGGGUGUAGAGCCUCCACAGUGCCAUCCCCCCCUCACACGUCCCCUUGACAGACUGUAGUAGUUUUUCUUGCUGACCACAGAUUUUGCAUUCUUCUCCAUUCCUUCCAGCUCCAAAAUCAACUCUCCUUUCCGCGGCUAAAUCCAUCUUGUGCCAGCUAGUCAAGUCUCCCCAUGUAGGAAAAAAAAUCCCUUCACCCCCUCCUAGGUCAACCCCACCAUAGAGAAGGCCAGGUCAGGAGAGUCUGAUUGAGAAUUUAUUGUGAAUCAAUUUCCCAGCAACCUUCCAGAGUGGGCAGUCAGGGGAGGAGAGGCAAUGGCCUCAGCAAGCAGGGCUAAUGGGUCUCUUCCCAUGUCACUAGUUUUCUGGCCCACAUAGAAGAGAGCCCCUUGGCAUGCAGCCAGAGGGCCACCUGGAAGAAACCCCAAAAGCUCAGAGUGGGGACUUCACCUCCUGCAGAAUACACUGCUGUGUCCUGAUACAGGCCAUGUGCACCCACGCUUCUGGCAAACAGUCCCGCGUGCAAAGUAAAGAAGCAAAAUCACGCCUCCCCACCGGGCAGAGACUCACCCUCUGCUUCCGUCCUUCCCCGCUCUCAAUCCCUUCCACCCGUGGACUCUUUCUCCUGCCUCUCCCAACCCUGCAAAGAGGUCAUUCCAGUAGAACUUUGAAUUUUAUUUUAUUUUUUGCUUCGUCAGUGGCUGUGGUGAAAUUGUGCUUGUGUUUUGUGAUUUCUUUGGCAAUGAUUUUCAGUUGUUGCUCAUUAGGGAGGGUUGAGGGUGGGAGUGGGGAGGGCAAGGGGCUA